GUCGCCAUGCAGGAUCAAGGUGAAUUCAGAUGAGAGCAAAAUCUAGGUCUUGUAUUCGGUCUUUUACUCUGUGUGAUAGUAUGUACCCAUGUACAUAAUAAAGAUGUACCCGUAGUACUACUUCUUCUACGUUUUGGCUGCAGGUUUGCCGCGCAUCGUCAGUGCGCAUACCCGGAAAAACAAGCUAACCACGUGGGUUUGACCCACGGAGCCGCCGUGCAGAAUCAAGAUGAAUUCAGAUAAAAGCAAUUUCUAGGUCCAGGUGGGACCAUGAGGGGUCGCGGUCUUCGGGCUGGACGAGCUGCGAGGAAGAGGAGGCAGAAACGAGACAGGGUGGCGCAGUCGGUGUCUCUGUGUCCCCAGCUGCAGUACGUGAGGCUGAUGAAGUUCCUCCACCGACGGGGCUUCACCUCAACGCUGCUGCAGCCGGCCCUCUUCACUGACACAGGCAGAGGACUGCAAGCGCUCAGGAGCAUAAAGCCUGGCCAGCUGGUCAUGUCUCUGCCAGAGUCCUGUCUCCUCACGACCUCCACGGUUCUGGACAGCUACCUGGGACAGUAUAUCAAGAGCUGGACUGGAAUGGAAUCCCCCGCCCCCCUCUCCUGCUGGCGCUCUGUGUCUUCGGUGUGCGAGCGGCACCGAGGAGGCUCUGAUUGGUUCCCCUACAUCGACGUGCCACCCACUUAAGCCUGCCCCGCCUACACGAUGAUGUCCAUGCUGCCGCUGCCGGCCGGCGUGCGCGAGGCGGGCCUAGAGCCGAGGGAGGCGGUGGAGAAUCACUCGGACAAUCAGGACUUUUUCAGAUCCCUGCAGCCAAUCACGAGUCGGCCCGUGGAGGAGCUGUUGACAUAUGAAGCAUUGAGGUGGGCGUGGUGCAGUGUCAACACCCGCUCCGUCUUCAUGUCCCAGCCGUCCAGCAGCGUCCUGAUUGGCCAGGAUGUGUACGCCCUGGCUCCCUUCCUGGACCUGCUCAACCACCGCCCCGACGUGCAGGUAAAAGCAAGUUUCAACGACGUGACGAGGUGUUAUGAAAUCAGGAGCGUCUCCGGGACGCGGCGCUACCGGCAGGUCUUCAUUAACUACGGUUCCCAUGACAGCCAGCGCCUGUUGCUAGAGUACGGAUUUGUCGCCCCCGGCAACCCCAACAGCGUGGUCUACGUGGAUCCAGAUCUCCUGGUGGAGGUUUUAGCAGGUGAUGAGGGUUUGGACCAGAAGAUCAAGUUCCUCAGAGAGAACCGUUUCCUUCAUAACCUGACUGUGUCCAGGGAAGGUCCCAGCUGGAGGCUGAUGACGGCGCUCAGACUGCUGUCCCUGCCACAAACACUGUAUCCCCAGUGGAAGGCGGUGUUGCUCGGCCAGGGGGUGUGUGAAGAGAGAGAGGAGAGGAGCGUGCAGACGGCUAAGACCCUCUGUCGACGACUACUACAGGACACUCACACAGCCCUGGAUAAGAUCUCCCACCUCCUUCGGCAUUGUGACCAGUCAGUCAGGGAGCAGCUAGAUGUGGUCAGGUCACUGCGACAGGAGGAGAGGUGCAUCCUGGGAAGCUGUCUCGAGGCACUGGAAGACACGGCGAGACGACCAGACGAACUCUCGUCACGCCAGCCUGAUACUGACGCAGUGAGCUGACGUCCGAUUGGUUCCCUGGCCUGUCGAUCGCUACGAGAAGCAAUGUGAUUGGCUGAACCGGUGACGCUGGACUGUCUCCCUGUUCCUGUUCUGCUUGAGACCUGUAACCAGAGGGUCACAGGUCUGGUAUCAGGUCUACUCAGAGGGCGUCUGCCCUGUUCUAACGACAAUAAACCCGACACCAAUCACCAACAUCAGUCGAUCUAAGGUCAAAAGGUCAAAGAUACAGUGAACUGAAGUGACUUUAAAACUAUUCUAAUAUAUCAUAUAAAUAUAUAAAAAAACUAAGGGUCUACACACACACAUAAGUCAUAUUCAUAUUCAACUUUUAAAGCCUUUUCAAAACAAAUGAUUUAUUGUUUUUUAAGGCAAAUUGCAACAUUUUGAUGGGGGACAUGUUUUGUCCCUUAUUUCAAGAAACAGUGGGAUAUAUAUAUAUAUUAAUAGCUAAUAACUUUUUUUUUUUUAGAUUUUAGACCUCGUAAUCUAUGUAAAGUCAUGUGAUGGAUGGGGCUGUGUGUGACCACCACCUUCUAGACAAAUAGUCAUAUUACACAAAAAAAGAGUGGGGAAUUUUUAUUUUUAUUUUUUAAAUAUGAUUUAUUUCAGGCUUUUUUCCCUUUUUAAUUCAGAGUGACAGUGAAUAGACAGGAAAGGGGUGAGAGAGAUGGGGGGGGGGGGUGACACCAAGUAAAGGGCCGCAGGUCGGAUCCCAACCCCGCUCUUACUGGGGGAGCUAGAGCUCUGG